AUGCACGAACGAUUCAGUAACCCGCAGGUCCUGGCGGCUGCGUUGGAUGGUCACGUUCUGCUCUGCACGGACGUGGCGACGGGGGAUGCCGUUGCCAUCAAGCGCAUGCAUUUGGCGUCGGCAAAAACAAAGCUAGCGCUGGGCACAUCGAACCGUGUGUCCGAAGACGCCACCAUGGAGCUCCAUGUGCAUCGUAUAUUGAGUGCAAACGGUGGCCACGCAAACGUGCUGCGACUGCGCGACCAUUUCCACGAUGAGUCCAAUUUGUACUUGGUGUUGAACUAUUGUCCAGGGGGUGACCUCUUCACAGUUCUCCGCACCCAUGGCACCCUGGAGAUGGCUACAGUGUGGACGUAUUUUCGUCAAAUUGUUCAGGGGGUUGCGUAUAUGCACCGUCAAGGCUACGCCCACCGCGACCUCUCGCUCGAAAACAUCCUCUUGGACGGAAACGGCAAUUGUUGUGUGUGCGAUUUUGGGCUCGCGACUCCAGUGUCCGCGUGGGUUUCGCAGAAAGUGGGCAAAUUAUUUUAUAUGGCGCCGGAAGUCGUGGCUGCAGCGUUGUACGACCCCACAAAGGCCGACGUGUGGUCGUUGGGUAUCAUGCUCUUUAUGCUUGUCACUGGAACACCCUUGUUGGGGGUAGCCAGCAACAUGGAUCGGCGAUAUCGCUACAUGAUCAGCCAUGGACUGCAAAGAUUGGUGGCGCACACGUACAAACAGCGAAUAGAUGCAAAGGUGAUGAUGUUGCUGGAAGGAAUGCUGGCCACGGAUCCAAGACUGCGGCUAACUUUGGACGACGUUGUCAAGCGCAUGGGAGAGAGCAGGGGGCAGUUGUCGCAUAGAACGACCAUUGGACAAACCAUCAAGCGGUGGUUUCAACCCAAGAAGAACGGGGGGCAACCUAUCGACGAGCCCCUCAUUCUGGGGAUAUAG